GCAGCCGCCUCACAGUCGCGCCGCCAUUUUCCGAACCCAGGAUCGCAAACGCAUUUUGGAGAUCGGGGAUCUUUCAAUCGGCGAUAAACUUAUUGUAAAAAUUGCGCUUUCACAACUCUAACUACCGGUUCCUUCUGAGGAAAUUCAAAUCUUGAAAGAUGUCGAACGGCAGUGGAGACCACGACGAGGAGGGUUUCGUCGUUAAGGUGAGGGGUUUGCCAUGGUCCACGACCGUGGACGAAAUUUUGAAAUUCUUUGGAGACUGUAGCAUCUCCCAUGGGAAAGCUGGUAUUCAUAUGACCAUGUCCCGAGAAGGCCGCCCAAGUGGCGAGGCAUACAUCGAAAUGGACAGCGAAGAAGACAUCGAAAAAGCUUGCAAGCGAGAUAGAGACCACAUGGGCCAUCGUUACAUCGAAGUUUUUAAAGCUAAGCGAGGAGAAAUGGAAUGGGUAGUAAAGAGAAGCGGAUUGAACUUGGAGAAUGUUAUGGACGACGGAUGCGUCAGGCUGCGAGGUCUGCCGUUCGGUUGUUCCAAAGAAGAAAUUGCGCAGUUUUUCUCAGGGUUGGAGAUAUUGCCGAACGGGAUUUCGCUACCAACAGACUUCACGGGCCGCAGUACUGGGGAGGCUUACGUUCAGUUUGUUAACAAAGAUGUUGCGGAGCGCGCUCUGCAGAAACACAAGGAAAAGAUAGGACACAGAUAUAUCGAAAUCUUCCGAAGCAGUUUAUCCGAAGUGCGCGCUAGUAUCGGGCCUAAAAUGCGAGGUGGUCCCAUGAGUGGAUUUAACCAAAGGCCAGCUCCUUAUGAUCAGCGCGACAGAUUCGGUGGAAUGAACCGAUUCAGUAACAAUGGCAGGAAUGCAAGAAACAGAGGUGACUUUGACGGAGGUCUUUGGGGAGGCGGUGGCGGUGGCGGAGGCGGUGGAAACAACUUUUCCUCUCGUGGCAGCGGAAUGGGAAUGCGAGGCGGUGGAAUGGACAUGAAAGGUGGCGGCAACUUCAGAGGAAGCGGUGACAAUUGGAACGGAGGCGGCAAUAAUAGCAUGCAUUGCAUUCAUAUGCGGGGUCUGCCUUUCCGAGCCACAGAACAGGACAUUGCUGACUUUUUCCGACCGCUUGCACCAGUUAACAUUCGAAUCAUCCUUGAGAACAGUGGACGUGCUUCUGGAGAAGCUGAUGUUGAAUUCGCGACUCAUGAGGAGGCCGUGAAAGCUAUGUCAAAGGACAAGAGCCAUAUGUCGCAUAGAUACAUCGAGCUUUUCCUGAACUCAUCUACUGGACCAAGUGGUGGUGGUGGUGGCGGUGGUGGCGGUGGAAUGUCCCUUGGUGGCAUUGGAAAUUUCUGCGGUUCCGGUCUCGGCAACAACUUCCGAGGGGGAUACUCGCCAAACAAUCGUGGAUAUGGCAAUAGUCAACUCGGAGGAAGCAAUUACAACAGCUUUUGAAUUCAGAUAACUUAACGCGCUCUCGACGAUAAAAAGUAUUGAAAAAAAUCCGAAAAGUAAUGCGCAAAGAUCAUCGGUUGAAUAUGAGUGAGCUCGCUAUGUAUUCUUUUUUUUUUUUUAAUUGAAAUUACGCAUAGAAGAUAACUUUAAGACAGAUAGAUUAGUAGUCACUAGGAUUUUUUUUAGAAAAGAAAAAGAGAUCGUACGAUUGUACGAAUGAGAAGUGCGCAUGAAUAAUUUCUAAUUUUUGAAUGAAGAAAAUGUUUUCAAAAGUACCUUAAUUAAUAAGAGUACUUUUUUCUCAACAGACUAUCAAUAUCAUUGUAAAAUUGUAUUCUGAGUGACUAUAGGAUUCUCGAGACUAGAAAACGGAAUAUUAAAUUGUUUUUAUGGUCGAGAAAAUAAUCUCUUUUCGCCCAUCUCUCUCUCACUCUCUGUCUCUGUCGGUUAGAGGUUGUUUUCACUUUGACUGGAUAUUAAAGUCAUAAUCUUGCUGGAAUUUUUUGUCUAGUGGUAAAUCUGUAAAUUGUAUUACGAGUGCAAAUAUUGGACUUGUGGGUUUUUACAUUUAAGUAAAUGUUGACUUUUUUUUUACAUAUCUUUAACUUCAUGUUCUUUGUACCAUUUAAAGAAAGUGCGACCUGGUUCGCAGUUUAGUCUCAUCGAAGAAGAAAAACACGAAUUGCAUUUGAUAGUGACAAAUACAAUUAAUUGUAGUUGCGAGAUAUCGCUCUUUGCGAUAAUUUAAACUCUACUUUUUACCAAAGUUCUUUUUAACGUUUGCAUUUUUCUCUGUUUUGAAGAUUUUUUUUUUUUUUUUUUUUGGUUGUCUUCUUUCGUUUUUCAACUCCAUUGAUAACGAGUGGAUUCCACUGAUUUCCCAAUUCGAAACGAGUGUUUGCACCGCACAUGUCAACGUCCUAGAUACUUAUAUUUUGUACGCAAAAUAAAUUUCACCGCAAACUAGUUUAGAUUCAAUGCGAUAUUUGAAUCAGUACGAGUCAGUAUCGAGAAAAGUAGUCACUGUAAAUGUAAAUUAUACUUUACUCGAUGAUAAUAAAACGUGUGAACAUCACUAUA